AUGUCUUGCUCAUCUCGGAUCUCCUCCUCCCGAGCUGGAGGCAGCAGCUCGGUCAGGGUAUCUGCUGGGGGCAGCAGCAAAAGCAGAUGUGGUCCAGGGGGCAGCUCUGCCCGGGGCUUCCGAGGAGGAGCUGGCAGCUGUGGCCUGAGUGGAGGGUUGAGCGGUGGCCUUGGAGGGGGUUUUGGUAGCUGCUCAGUCGGGAGUGGUUUUGGGGGAGCUUCAGGCUCUGGACUUGGCUUUGGUGGGGGUUCAGGAUUUUGCGGGGCUUCUGGAUUCGGUGGGGGGUCUGGAUUCGGUGGGGGCUCUGGAUUCGGCGGGGGGUCUGGAUUCGGUGGCGGUGCUAGCGGAGGCUUCUACAGCUAUGGUGGUGGUUUGGGUGGUGGUACUGGCGAUGGCGGGCUUUUCUCUGGAGGUGAAAAGCAAACCAUGCAGAACCUCAAUGACCGCCUGGCCAAUUACCUAGACAAGGUCAGAGCCCUGGAGGAGGCUAAUGCUGAUCUGGAGAACAAAAUCAAUGAAUGGUAUGACAAGCGUGGGCCCAGGUCUGGAGAUGGUGGGUCCGGGAGAGAUUACAGCAAGUACUGGCCCAUCAUUGAAGAUCUCAGGAAUCAGUUCAUUACUGCCACCGCUGAAAACGCCUCCAUGGUGCUGCAGGUUGACAACGCCAGACUGGCUGCGGAUGACUUCAGACUAAAGUAUGAGAAUGAGCUGCGCGUCCGGCAGGCCGUGGAGGCCGAUACCAAUGGCCUUCGGCAGGUCCUGGACGAGCUGACCAUGACUCGCUCCGACCUGGAGAUGCAGAUUGAGAGCCUCACCGAGGAGCUGGCCUACCUGAAGAAGAACCACGAGGAGGAAAUGAAGACUAUGCAGGGGAGCUCCGGAGGGGAGGUGACGGUAGAAAUGAAUGCCGCCCCAGGCACUGACCUAACCAAGUUACUGAAUGACAUGAGGGCGCAGUACGAGGAGCUGGCUGAGCAGAACCGCCGGGAGGCCGAGGAGCAGUUCCAGAAGCAGAGCGCAUCCCUGCAAGCACAGAUCUCCACCGACGCCGGGGCAGCCAGUUCUGCCAAGAAUGAGAUCACUGAGCUGAAACGGACCCUGCAGGCCCUGGAAAUUGAGCUCCAGUCCCAGCUGGCCAUGAAAAAGUCCCUGGAAGGGACCCUGGCCGACACGGAGGCUAACUACAUGACUCAGCUGUCGGAAAUUCAGAUGCGGAUCGGCAGCCUGGAGGAGCAGAUCUGUCAGAUCCGGGGCGAGACCGAAUGCCAGAACGCGGAGUAUGAGCAACUGCUGGACAUCAAGACCCGCCUGGAGAUGGAGAUCGAGACCUACCGCCGCCUGCUCGAUGGCGAGGGCAGUGGUUCCAAUUUUGGAGGAUCUGACUUCAAAAACUCGAGAUCCAGAAACAUGGGAUCCAGGGAUUCCACAUCUGGUGAGUCAAAGUCUGGAAGCCAUUCUAGCCAGGGAAGAGAUCCAAGCAAGACUAGAGUGACUAAGACCAUCAUAGAGGAGGUGGUGGAUGGCAAGGUCGUCUCAUCUCACGUCAGCAAUAUUUCUGAGGUGAAAGUCAAAUGA